CAACCAACCGACUCAGCAGCACCUGAACCAACGCCCACCACGUAUGAUAAUGGAACAACUCUCUGAGGAGACAGUUGACAAAGCGCUCUGCCUGAUACAAGAUGAACCUUGUCUACCACACCCAUUAGGAAAGCUAUUGUCGUCUUUCAUUACGCAAGCCCUUCAUCCUCCAGUCGCAGCAGCCCAUGUCCUCAAUUACUGUCAUCCGGGCCAACACCGUGAGGCUGAGCUUCGUGCACUUGUUUCUGAUUGGACGUUCAUCAUAGAGUCCAUCACAAAGUACGGGACUACACCACCUGUCCCCGACAGUAGGACCAAGGCUCAAAUCCUCAAAAGGGAUGGCAACCGAUGUUGCAUCACAGGGAAGCCAGCAGGCUUUGGUGACCCCCUAGUAGUGAUGCCUGUUAUUCUUGCGCCAUCCCGCUGGCUUGAAGCCGAGCCGAGAGUCCAUGAAAUGCUUCGAGCCUUCUUCAGCCCCCCUUACCUCGAUUGGUGGUUGGCUUAUACAGAGCGACUGAAGCGCGUAGAUCCCAUAGACGGCCAUUGGCUUGUGCGCAGGUCAGCUGCCGAGGCUUACAGGAAUGGGGUGGUGAAGUUACAUCGGCUACAACCUUCAAUGAUCGAAUACAGGGUUGGUUGGUGUCUGAUUGUGACCGUAGAACCAAUGAUCGAUGUCGAUGGCCAAUAUCCCCUUCUCGGAGACCACUCACGCACGGGGAUUCGCAAGGUAGACGCACGUUUCAUCGGGACCCAAGCCCGCUUGGCAUCAAGCAUACGAUGGCUUGAGGUCAGGAAGCUUAUCGCGGACAACGAAACAUCGAUAGCUCAGGCGGGCAAACAACCUUCAGCAUCCCGGCCAGGCUUGAUAUCAACUAUAUUCCAGAUUUGCCGCACCGUCUUUUGGCGAGCUUGGCUUCUAAACCCCAAAUUUAUUCGAUUAUAUGCAUACAAAGCAUUGCGAAAGAUUGGACACCAUCUUUAUGGAAGCACAAGUUCCUUGGCGGUUAGCCGUCUACCAUUCGGCCUUUACCUGAAGGCCACUAAUGAAGGGGCUUUCAACGAAUCCAAAGCGCUCGAUCUUGUUCACAAGUACACUUCUGUGCCGGUCCCUCGUGUGUUAGACCUAGUCUCAGACUCACGCACCACAUAUCUCUUGACGACUGGUCUCCGCGGCAAGCCCCUCGCCAGAGCAAUGGAUAUGUUUUCCGAUCGAGACUGUCACGAGUUCGUCUAUCAAAUGCAAAGCUUCGUUUCUCAAAUACGAGCAGUUCCUCCAGUCGGUCCCAAGAACUGCAUAUGUAAUACUCUUGGCCAGGCGUGCAGCGACCCAAGAAUUCGAGACGGCGACCCCGUUGGCCCCUUCGAAGGUGAAGCUUCUUUCAGUCAAUAUCUUCGCCAUCCAGAUGAUCCUGCCCGGAGAGGUCAUAAAAUCGUGCUUACCCAUGCCGACUUGAACCUGCGAAACAUCCUUGUGGACAAAGUCACAAGGCUAGAUGGGACAAGGGGCUGGGCGGUCUCGGGAAUCGUCGAUUGGGAAAACAGUGGAUUUUACCCUGAGUACUGGGACUGUACAAAAGCUCAGUUUGAGGGAUUUAGAUGGGAUGAGCGCUGGACUAGGGCUUUGCUUGAAGUUUUCCGUCCAUUUGGAGGUUAUGUAAAGGAGAUUGAACUGGAGAAGAGGAGCUGGAGUGAAGGUGAUGGCGCAUUUUGACACAACCUAGGCUCACAAUGAUCAAUACGGAGGGGGCUCUUAUCUCUGCAUCUCUGAAAUAUGAUACCGAUAAAACAAUAUGAAUUGCAAAUACGGAAAAUGAAGAUAUUCAGCUACAGUUGAGUAGCUUGCUAGC